CAACGAUGCUGCUUCUGACGGGGGACCAUGCUUUCGGGAAAUGGAAUAGAAAACCCCCUCUUCUUGAGUGUUAAUGAGUCCUCCUAGAACCACAUGCCAGCGAACACCGCACAUCGGCCAGAAGCAAGACACCAUCGACACACCACCCGCCUACAUAGGAAAACGGCCAUUCAGACAGAUUGGCAGCCAGAUCACCACAGAAGAACCGCUUGCACUGUCAAUCUCAGCCUUCUCAGGCCAAUGUCUCGGCUUUUGAAUGCUACACAGCAACCACUCCCGGCAUCCCACGCUUCCCCGGAGUGCCCUACACUUCAGGAUGUUGAUGAUCUUCCGCCACGUCAACCUCGAUCGACUUUCCUCCCCGUCGGCUCACCCAUCACCCACCAUCCUAACAAUCGAUUCACCCACUCACCAUCUCGCGCUUCCUCAAAAGUCUCUCCAUUGCUCCAAACCUUCGUCUCAAGCUACCACCAAAGGCAAUACGUGCCGCCAAUCUACUUCCCCAUGCGCCACCACCUACUCCUCCGGAAUCCCAACUGGGUCCCUCCCACCACGGCGGGCGUGCCAACGUUGCUCUGCGGGGUCCUCCCCUGACCGUUGGGUGUUCCGUCACGCCGUACUACCGGCCUAGCAACGCUUCACCCCAUAUCCGCAUUGCUUGCCUACUGUGUUUUUCUCUCUCUCGUCAGUUGAACGAC